UUUCUUCACGUGUUGUGUGAGAGUGCAAAGAGCUCCUUUACUGUUCUUCUUUUUCAUAAUUUUCAUCAUCUUCUUCUUUAUUCAUCUUAUCACAGCCUUUUAGAGAGAGAGAAGAUAUAGGAGAGAGAGAUGGCUACAGAUGUGGCGGUUCUGCAACAUGAGACAGUAGGGAAGAGGCAGGGCAAUGGAGCAGCAUGCUGCAAAACUGGGCCAGGGUACGCCACCCCACUGGACGCCAUGUCUGGUCCAAAAGAGGCUCUCAUCUAUGUCACUGCCGUUUACUCAGGAACCGGAAUACAGAAGCCUGAUUAUCUCGCCACAGUUGACGUAGAUCCAAGUUCUCCUACUUAUUCGAAAGUCAUCCACAGGCUGCCUGUGCCUUAUAUUGGUGAUGAACUGCAUCAUACGGGCUGGAACUCAUGCAGUUCUUGCUAUGGAGAUCCAUCUGCACAACGGCGUUUCUUGGUCCUACCUGCAUUAAUAUCUGGUCGUAUAUAUGCGAUAGACACAAAAACAAAUCCAAGGGCUCCCUCUUUGCAUAAAGUUGUUGAACCUGAAGAGAUCAUACAGAAGACUGGAUUGGCAUACCCACACACAUCCCAUUGCCUUGCUUCUGGCGAUUUAUUGGUUUCAUGCCUGGGAGAUAAAGAUGGAAGUGCUGCAGGAAGUGGAUUUCUUCUCCUAGACGCUGAGUUUAAUGUGAAGGGCAGGUGGGAGAAACCAGGGCACAGUCCACUUUUUGGCUAUGAUUACUGGUACCAACCGCGACACAAGACAAUGAUAAGCACAUCAUGGGGUGCCCCUGCUGCUUUCACAAAAGGUUUUAACCCUCAGCAUGUUGCUGAUGGUCUCUAUGGGAGGCAUCUUCAUGUCUACAGCUGGCCUGAAGGCGAAUUGAAACAAACAUUGGAUCUUGGAAAUACAGGGCUCUUACCCUUGGAGAUAAGGUUCCUGCACGAUCCUUCCAAGGACACUGGAUUUGUUGGGUGUGCCUUGACAAGUAACAUAGUCCGGUUCUUCAAGACAGAAGAUGGCUCGUGGAGUCAUGAGGUUGCAAUAUCAGUGAAGUCAUUGAAGGUGCAGAACUGGAUUCUUCCAGAGAUGCCUGGGCUUAUAACUGAUUUUUUAAUCUCACUUGACGAUCGUUUUCUAUACUUUGUGAACUGGCUUCAUGGAGAUGUGAGACAGUAUAACAUUGAGGACCCUAAAAAUCCUAAGCUGACAGGCCAAAUAUGGGUUGGGGGGCUAAUCCAAAAGGGAAGCCCAGUUGUGGCUGAGGCUGAAGAUGGUACAACAAGUCAAUUUGAUGUUCCAGAGAUCCAGGGAAAGAAGUUGAGAGCUGGACCACAGAUGAUCCAGUUAAGCUUGGACGGGAAGCGACUUUACAUCACCAAUUCGCUCUUCAGUACAUGGGAUGGCCAGUUUUACCCGGACCUUUUGGCGAAAGGAUCUCACAUAAUACAGCUUGAUGUUAACACUGAGAAUGGCGGUCUUGCAGUAAACCCAAAUUUUUUCGUUGACUUUGGAGCUGAACCUGAUGGUCCUGCACUGGCACAUGAAAUGAGAUACCCUGGUGGUGACUGCACUUCAGAUAUAUGGGUUUAAGAAGUGUUGUCAAAACUCUCUCUUGCAAUUGCUAUCUACUUUUAACAUCUGGUAGUGCAAAAUAAUAGUGUGUCAACUUUCACUGCCUUGUAAAAGAAAUAAGAAUCCAGCCAGUGUGUACAUUAUGACAGCAUGUAUGGCAUGACGACAAUCCAUCUUUGCUAAUACCUCUGCUUUUAUAAUUAGGAGUGCUGUUAUUAAUUCCACCCUCGUAUUUCUUCA